AAGUGGAGGUUGAUUCAAGAGGGCUGGAAUCUCUUUUUGACGAGUGUGUUAGAGUGGAUUACUAAAACCUGUCCAAUUGUUCGAUUGCUAGCGAAAACCUUUAUAUUGCGUUUGAUCUGGAAACUAAUGGUUGUUGUUGCAGCUUCUUUUGGCUACGUUUCGCACUUGUUCUAAGAUUGUUCAGUGUUUUGCAGAACUGCAGCCCAUGUGUGUUUACAUAGACCACAGCUUCUUUCGACGUUCUCUGAGAACACUGUGAUUAUCCAAACAUUCAGCCACUGAAGUUAUAAUGGCAAGCUCAAUGGUUGUUCCAGUGGUGGAUGUUCAGAGUAAUAAUUUCAAAGAGUUAUGGCCAGCGAUGUUAUUGGCCAUUAAAUCAUCUUCUUUCAUCUCCUUGGACACGGAGUUAAGUGGUUUGGGAAAUAGAAAGAGUCUUCUUGCCGAAUCAAUAGAGGACCGUUAUAAAGCCAUUUGUAAUGCUGCGCGUACACGCUCCGUCCUGUCACUCGGUCUGGCUUGUUUCAAGAAACAAGGGGACAAGACCAACCCAACUUACUUUGUACAAGUGUACAACUUGACUUUACUCUGUUCAGAGGAGUAUGUGAUUGAGCCCCAGUCAGUGUCAUUCCUUGUGCAACAUGGAUUUGAUUUCAACAAGCAGUAUGCACAGGGCAUCCCCUACAAUAAAGGCAAUGACAAGGGUACUGAUGCCCAUGCGAUGAAUGUCCGCAGUCUUUUUGUGGAGGUACUUCGAGCACGUAAGCCUUUGGUUGUACACAACGGGUUGGUUGACAUGGUAUUCCUGUACCAGUGCUUCUACGCUCAUUUGCCAGAGCGGCUGGGCACGUUCACGGCAGACCUUUCGGAGAUGUUCCCAGCAGGGAUCUACGACACCAAAUAUGCCACAGAAUAUGAGCUUCGUCUCGUUGCUUCAUAUCUGGAGUAUGCGUUUAAGAAAUGCAAAUUGGACAAUAGCCGAUCGAUUGAGGGAGGUGGAAAGGGACCCCACAUGUCCCUUGAGUUCUGCAAUUACACACGGAACAUGAAGACUUAUGUGGACUACAGACCUUGCCCUGAUAGUCAAGGCGCCACAGCCACAACAGAUGUGUGCAUACAGUUCUCUGCGUACGGGUGGUGCCCCAAUGGGUCUCAGUGUCCCAUGUCGCAUGAUACAGACCUGAUCAUUCUGCAGGACGAGAAGGGGAAGGAGACCAAGUCGCAGAAGAGGAAACGCAGGAAGGCGCAGAAGGGUACUAUGGAACACGCCGAAGAUGCCCAGGACGCACCCCCGAGCAAGCAGGCGCACACCGAGAGCAGUCACAUGGAUGUGGGUGGCCAAGACAACAGAACAGACAAGAAUGUUCUUACCGUUGCCAAGACAACCGAAGACCCUCAGGAGGGUGCUGGUUCACAUGCAGGAUCCACAAACAACGAGACAGCGGGAGUAGCUGGUGAAGACGGUGUACCUGUGACAUCUGAGGGCCAAGUUGCAGACCUUGCGUUACACCCAGUCAGUGAUGCCAAAAGAGCAGCAGAUGUGAAGAAGGCCGAGUCAGGGUUGCAUAGAGCAGGAUUUGAUGCCUUCAUGACAGGAUACAUCUUCGCCUAUGGCAGCGCUCUAGCUGUAAAGCCAGAGGAGCCUAGCCCAGAAACAUGGCUACCUAGCUGCUUGAACAAGCUCUACCUUAGCGGUAAAUCAGUUCCCUUACAGGUGGUUAAGAGUACAUUUUCCAAGUCGUCAAAGGCACACAUGCAUAAAAUGGACAAUGUCUGGGGGAAGCAUCAGAACCAGGAUGCGACUCCAAAGACGGAAAAUGUGGCAUAAUGUUGAUUUGUCCAUUGCUAAAGGGAAUAAUUGUCAAUAGACGUACGGUGUCCCCAAUUAACACAAACUUGUACAAGAAAUGGGUUUCAUUCAGUUUUAGAUUCCAUCAGUAUUUUUGUCAAGCAAUAAUUCCAAAGAUGGAAUCCAACAGUUUAUGUUCAGAGAAAUGACAAGACGGCAAACUCAUGUGUACAAUGAAGUUACAUAGAAAUUUGAGUUUUAUUUUUAACGAUUGGAUAUACAAGUUUUGUAAUGGGUGUAUAUUUAUAAAAUUAAAGCCAGAUGAGUCAAAAAACAUUGUCCUGGACUGUCUUUGGUUAAAAUAUACAUCUGUAUUACUGUUAAAAACUUAUGCCAAACAGUCGGGACCGAAAAAGAAGCACUGUAUAAGUAUCCAACAAACAUAUUUUACAUCGACAAAAUCCCCGUUUUUACCAAGCUGCAUUAAUAACAUGCUUUUCCACAAAUUUUGUAGAUAACAGAUUUAAGACAUUUUUAAAUAUCAAAAUAGAUUCUCUGUAAAACUAGCCUGCCUUGUUAUAUUCAUUGCAUAGAAAUGUAGUGACAACAAAAAUAGACAGGGAAAAAAAGUUACACCAAUCAUCUUAUCUUUUCAAGUGCAAGUUAAGAAUUUAAGUAAUUACAGACCAGAACACAGUUGCAGAUGUGAUGAAGGAUCCUGGGUGAGUGAGGGUGGGUGCCACUGUGUGAUGGAUCUUAGUAAUGGCAUAUCAGUGUGAUAGGCUGACUCAUUUGGGCCAGGUACCUCUAACAACACUCUGAGAGGGUAAAUAAGAGUACAGUUAAGGUCAACGCUCGCUUUGUUUGCUUCGUCUGCUAUAAGAUGAGACGUAUGAACAAUCUUUCAGAGUUCAGUGUAUCAGCGGUGUGCUUAGUGAAGAUUGCGAGAUCUAAAUAUACAGAGAAGACACACAGAAACGACUUAAUUUAUGGCUGUAGAUGGUAGGAGGGCUAUCUAAUGAAUGAACUCCAUUUCUGGAAUGUAUGACUCAUGAUGUGCUUAAGCAUUUCAGGAGGCCAAAGUUCUAGACACUGAAUCUCCAUAUAUGGAACUGUUAUGUUGUUACACCUGUGUUUCCAAUCGAUACACUUGGUCAUUACACAACAGCCAAUGAGAAAGAGACAGGGUUGUCACUUAUAAACCUAUCGAACUUUGAAAAGUGCUGAGUUGGACAGAAAAAUAUUCAAUAGUGCUUGUAACGGAUGUUAAUGUAUUACAUUCAAAUAAUCAGCGUGGUGUUGGAAAGUUGUUCAUCAUGUCAUUUCAUUGCGUUAACAACAGCGUAUACGUUUGACCUGGAACUCACACAAUGGUUUUCCACAUCUCAACUCAGAUUCCUCAUUCCACCAGUCCAAAAACAAACAAACAAACAAAAAACAAAUCCAAUCUUACUGUAAAUUUCUUCCUUGCCUGAUAUUUACACAAAAGUAUUUCUUUUUCCAUAAUAUUAAAUAACUCAAGAUUUCGUGUGAAAAAAUCUCUCCUGCACUCUUAAGACUGCAGCACUAUUCCAAAGUUGAACUGGAGAAGGCUCUCUGGCGCUUUUUUUUUGUCCUGUGUCCCGUUUCGACUCGAGUGAUCAUAUGUCACACCUUGAGAUCACGUCCGAGGGCCGC